AGCACCAACCAGGCUUCUGUGUCUUUCUCUUCCUGGAAGAUCUAACCAAAGACACGGAGAACUCUGCAAAGAAAUACCAAAAAAAAACAUGGGUUUCGGAAAAGGAAUGUCAUUGUUGGAAGAUUUGAUAGAAAAAGCUGGAGGUUGUGCUGUAAUGGAUGGGGGUUUCGCUACCCAACUUGAGAGUCAUGGUGCUUCCAUUAAUGACCCACUUUGGAGCGCUCUUUGCUUGAUCAAAGACCCUCACCUUAUCAAGCGGGUUCAUCUGGAGUAUCUGGAGGCUGGUGCAGAUAUCUUGGUUACUUCAUCUUAUCAGGCCACUAUUCCUGGAUUUCUUUCCAGGGGAUUGUCCUUUGAAGAAGCAGAGACAUUGCUAAAGAAGAGUAUCAAAUUGGCCGUGGAAGCUCGUGAUAAAUUCUGGGACGGUACACGAAACGUUCCUGGGAAUCGCUAUAACCGAGCUUUGGUAGCAGCCUCGAUCGGAAGUUAUGGAGCAUAUCUGGCUGACGGUUCCGAAUACAGUGGGUGUUAUGGACCUGAUGUAAGUCUGGAUAUGCUGAAAGAUUUUCACCGGCGCAGACUGCGAGUUCUCGUCGAAGCAGGUCCAGAUUUGCUAGCCUUUGAGACCAUUCCGAAUAAACUCGAAGCUCAGGCCUGUGUUGAGUUGCUGGAGGAAGAAAACAUUCAAAUCCCAUCGUGGAUCUGCUUCAGUUCGGUCGAUGGCGAGAAUGCCCCAUCCGGAGAGAGUUUCAAGGAGUGCUUCGAUGUAUUAAACAAGAGCACAAAAGUAAAUGCAAUUGGAAUAAAUUGUGCACCUCCCCAUUUCAUUGAAAGCCUUCUCUGCAAAUUUAAGGAGUUGACUACCAAGGCCAUCGUCGUUUAUCCAAAUAGUGGGGACAUAUGGGACGGCAGAGCUAAGAAAUGGAAGGUAAGUUAUGACUGUAUGACUUGGUUUAACAAUCACUCUGCAUCCACCUCUAAUGGACUGUCUUCUUUGAUUAAACAGCCAUCAAAGUGCUUCAGUGAUGACACAUUCGAGGUAGUUGCACCGAGAUGGCGUGACCUUGGAGCUAAAGUUAUUGGGGGCUGCUGUCGAACAACACCAUCCACGAUUCGAGCCAUAUCAAAGGCUCUGAAAGAAACAUCUUAGCGAGUUAAGAAGGGUCAUUGAAACCAUAGUUCACGAUACAUUCAGCUGUUGCGGUUUUAUAAAUUAAACGUUGUUGCCAGUAAUAUCAAUUUUUUUGUUCCUUUCUUUAUAAUUUAUU